GACAACAUCGUGGUCAUGUGAUUAAUUGGACGUCAACAAUAGUGUGACCUACAACUGAAAACCUUUAAAUCGCCGAAACAUUUUCUCGUUUAAUGAAUAUUUGCGUUAUAUUUGUGACGUAGUGAGGCAGCAGUCGAUGUUUACAUUGUUUCUCUUUUGCGUCACUUGGCAGACAUGUUGUUGCGUUAGCAUAGCUACCAGGAAGUGUGGACCGAGCACACUUCGAAUAACGUAGUUGUAUACGACUGUUAUAUUCGAUAAUACAUGUCUGUGUACAGGCAUAUACAUAUGUAUUUACACACACACACGUAGAGAACUAUCUGCCAUCAUAAUGGGUGAUUCCAAUUGUGGUCGGUCUUCACUUGUCAACAGUUUAGCAACACUCCUGCGAAAUGAUGGAGAUUUGGUGUUGGACGGCAGGAGCACACUGACGCUUCACGCGACCAGCCUGCAGCAGCUCGUCGGGCUAUUCGAACAGCACCUGCAGUCUCGGAACCAGUUGCAUGGGUUCCUGGCUCUGCCUUCUCAUCCUGCCGACACUUCCUAUCUCCUGCAACUUCAGUUUUUGUUUGACAUUUUACAGAAGACGGUCUCCCUGAAGCUCAUCAACCCUCCCGGAGUAAAGCUGCAGUCAGUAGUCAAAAUAUUUCCCUUCAAAUCGCUGAAGUAUUUAGAGCUCAAACGUAUCCCCGCUCAUUGUCUGGAGGGCCUUCGUGUGGUUUACUCUCAGCUGGAGGUCUUUACAUGCUCAAAGAGCCUAAGUUCAUUGGGGGAGCUGCUGUCAUUGUGUGGAGGGGACCUUAGCUCUGCUUUGCCCUGGCUGGAACUGCACACUCUCAACUUCAGCUACAACUCCAUUGUCUGCCUCGACCAGUCACUUAGCUUACUAAAUGUCCUAAAAUCCUUGGACUUGAGCCACAACAAGAUUCAAGAAUGUGCAGAGUUUCUAAAGCCUCUGAGUGAACUUGAGCACCUCAAUCUUGGCUACAACCGCCUACAAAGGGCACCUUCGCUUGGCCUCGGUGCAAGAGCCAAGUUAGUCACGCUUAUCCUGAGGAACAACGAGCUGGACACCAUUAAUGGUGUGGAGCAGCUAUCUUCCCUGCAGCACUUGGACUUGGCCUAUAAUUUAUUGAUGGAGCAUUCCCAGCUUGCCCCUUUGUCCCUCCUGCACUGUUUGAACACACUAAUCCUGGAGGGGAACCCCCUGUACUUCCAAAAGAAUCAUCGCAUUUGCACCGUCCAACAUCUGUCUCCAAAGACUGUUCACCUCAGACCGAAGCUUGAUGGCUUUCACUUGUCGUCGCCUGAGUUGUCAGUUUUGCCAAAACCUGGGCAGCUGAACAGGAGCCAGUUUUCUGCUCUGCCACCUGAACGGAGUAACCAAGACAUGUCCAGUGGAGCAGGAGAGCUCACUGACAGUGUGUCAGUGGGAGAAGUGGCAGUGUCACGGAUUUCCAGGAAGAAAUCUAAGGGCAAGGUCAAAGUCAGGAGAGCCAGCAUCACUGAGCCCAGUGAUACUGAUAAUGAACCAAGAGGCUUCUCGUCGUCCAUGGAGAUAGUUCUUCCCCAUCAGCAGGAAAUUGAGCGCAUGUCCAGCUUCAGAGACUUGCUUGGAGAGGAUUGGUUGCGGUAUGAACACCACUUAGAUGGAAGCGCUCCCUCCAUCAUGACUGCAGGUGUCAGCGAUAAGCUGCCUGCCUUUCCUUGUCCACAAGCUCUCCAUGAAGGUUUGAACAUCCUCCCAGGUUUACCCACAGGUGGAGGCAGUCAACCAGUUACAUCCUCCGUUGAAGUCCCUGGAGGACUGCCGCCCCACCCCCCUCUAAUGUCCAAAGACACCAUAGAUGUGGAUGCAGAUUCCACUUUGCAGUGGUCCUCUCAGAACACUCAACACACAGAGUCCACAUUGGAAGACAGUGUGCUGAAUGGUCAAACAGAUGCCAACGUGCAGGUCAGAUCACCGGCAUCACACUCACCAAAAUCAGAGGGUGGAUAUAGCAAGGAGGAAGAAGAGACUGAUGAUCUCGGAGUGGACCUUUGUCUCCCCCUGCUGGUGAGUGUAUUGCCUCAUUCAGACGACGGGACCAAAGACGAGAAGGAUGAGCGGGGCAGAGAGGUGUUUCUGCGCGUUAAACACCAUCUGUUGCUUGAAGUGGACAUGCAGCACGGGCAAGAAAGGUGUCGUCUGGAGCUGGACAGUCUUACCAGGGUGAUAACAUCCGAAGCUCCCUGGAAGCGUGGGGAAAAUGAGGAGGUCUUGCCAGUUGUGGAGCUGCAGUUCGACUACAUCAGCAAAGAGAGGCAGAACAGGAGGUACAUCCUGCUGGAUGAUGACCCACAGCAGGCGCUCAAGGCUCUGCAAGAGAUUUUAACUCGGGUCAUAGAGGAAAACGAGCAUCGGGAAUCUGAGUUCCGUCCCAGCUGUGUCCGUCUACAGUGCCUUCGGUGCCGGUCGGAAUUUAGCCUUCAUGAAGGACCUACGGAUAGUGAGGCAAGACAGAUAGUCAGGAGCGCAUCCUGCACGACCAGAGUAGAGGGAGACAGCAAGGAGGUGACGACCGAGCCUGAUGACAUCUACAAAAGGAAAAGUAGCAAUUGUCCAAAAUGUAGCAGUGACCAUGUUAUCCAAGUCGUCACCCAAUCCAGCCCCUCCAGAAGCAUUCCAAACCAACCCUAUUCACAACCAGAUGACCGCUCCGAAAUGACCCCAAGUACUGGGAGUUCACCAAAGUACAAUGAUUCGGGAGCCAAUAUUAGUAGUUCCUAUGCAGAUGCCACAAGUGUUGCUGAGGCUUCCGGCUUUUAUAGCGCUCAGGAAACGUCCUUCUAUAUCGGCGAUGAUCCGCGCAUUCCUGGUGUCUCAAACUACAGCACGGACUGCCAAAAUGGAGAGGGCUUGGCCGGGAGUUACCACUACUCUACCAUCACUUCAACACCCCAGGUCUACUAUGUGGGACCAUCAGCUGCUGAAGAUGAACUGGAUUUUAUGUCAGACGUCUACGAAGUGGUGGACCAUCGACUUAAGCUUUUCCUGGAUGUGGAAGUCUUUGAAGAAGAGGACGAAGAGCAGCUUAUUUCUUUUAUUAAGAUAUCCGCUGUCAAAUUUGGGGUACAGGAUGAAAUUCCAUCGGUUCUGGUUGUGUCCGACAAGCGUGUGUACAUCUUGCAGAUGACUUCAAAUGAUCACAAGGGCCAGCUCUCUGACUGGCUGCAGAAGACGGAGAGCAUCCCAGUCAUCAAGCUGAGCUACCUGGAGGUGGGCCUCGGCUCUCAGAGCAUACACAUGGAAUUCAACGACGGUGAAGUGGCAUACACCUUGCUCGUGAGAGACAGUGCCCGCUGUCGCCGCCUCUUUGGCUGCUUGACCGGAAUUGUGCGGGAAAUGGCCCAUAAGUCAGAGAGCAAACUGAAGUCCAUUUCUACCACCAGACUCAACCCUCAACAUCACCUCUGGCCACUGGUUUGUGGAGAAAAUCAGGCCGAUGUCGAGGAAGGCCAACUUCAGUUCUUCUACAUUCUGCUCUAUGUCCUGCAAGGUCAAUUUUGGGAGUCGCUGACGUUGUUGGCCACCACAGAAACUCUCUAUCUGCUGAAAGAGGAUCACCACCGCAGGAAGAGCCCGAAGAAUCUGACAGUUAAUGACGACAAAGAACCGAGCAGUGGAGCUUUCUCCAUGCGGGAGUCACUGCCAGUCAGCUGCGUCAGCUCCAUCAACCUCUUCACCUCUGACCCCUGUAGGAUGGAGAUUCUGCUUUACGACGAGACGGAGAAAAAGGAGAAGAGCUGGUGUGUGCGCUCGGAGAGCAGCGAGCUCCUGCAGGGGCUUGUGGUGUGGAUCCGAACACAGUGGGAGGCUAUGUUUGGCGUCAAACUGGACACGAGCGUGCGAGACCAGGAGAAAUGAUGCGGGAAAACAACAGGAGGAACGCAGACACAUGGAGCAGCAUUUUGAUUGUCUCUGUUUGGUUUUCGUUAGCCAAACUUGGAAAUGGUUCAUUCUUGUGGCACAUGAUUCUCUGAACACGCUGCUUGCUUUCCGGGAAUUCCUGCUGUUUGAUCUGAGCGUUGGUCCUGGUCGAAACAGAGUGUUUCUGGAGUGUUCACUGCAAGAGCGGCGCAUUUCCAGCACAUUAGACCCUGAACAAGUCAAAUGUUUUGGGUGCAGUGAGAUGUGGCGUCACAUGCUCAACACACAACAGUCUUUGUGAGUUUCCUCACCUGGUUUGAGCCCGCAAUACUUGCAACGAGCUCCGUUGGAAAUGCAUUUUCACAUUCAAGAUAGGAACCUAAUUAAAUCUGCUAUUUAAACUUGUAUAAUGGGCAAGUGUUCAUGUAUGUACUGUUCAUCUUAUUUUUGCAUAAAGUUCUUAUUUUCAUACGGAUGUUUGAAUAUGGGCUGUGUGUUUGGGUAGAUAAAAUGUUUUUGCUUUUG